CGGCUGCCUGUCCUCCGCCGAGCCUGCCCCCGGAGCGCCCGACGGCAGAAAACCGCCCCGAAGCCCCGCUGUUCUCCCCCAGGCCGGCUGGCCGGCGCCUCACGCCUCCUUAAGAGGCGGCGGUCAGCUGACGGCUGGCGCCUCCCCCGCCGCGCGGUGAAAAGCGCCGUAUGCCCGCAAUGGGGAGCGGGAGCCUGCCCCAGCCGACAGGGACGGCCGAGCCCGCGGGACCUCAGGCGACCAGCUGCUAGAAACACUUGGAUGACUGGAAUUCAAGAUAUUUGGUUCAUGCUUUUACUCUGAUGUACAGGAAAUAAUAAGAAGAAAUUUCUCUUGUUCAGUUAAAAGAUCUGUCAUCCUGAACUUGCUUUGAAAAACUGGGAAGCAUCUUCUGUGUAGAAUUGAAAUAGACAUUUGACAGUUGUCUUGAAUGAAAAUUAACGCAAAAAUGUCAGUCAUAGAUCCUUAUCAACACAUUGUGGUGGAACACCAGUAUUCACACAUAUUCACUGUGACAGUAAGGAAAGCCACAAAUGUCACAAAAGGAGCGAUUGGUGACAUGCUUGACACUCCAGAUCCCUAUGUGGAGCUGUUCAUCCCAUCCGCCCCUGAUUGCAGGAAGAGAACGAAACAUUUCAAUAAUGAUGUGAAUCCUGUGUGGAACGAGACCUUUGAGUUCAUUUUGGACCCCAACCAAGAGAAUGUUCUUGAGGUUACUUUGAUGGAUGCCAACUAUGUUAUGGAUGAGACUCUUGGCACAUCCACAUUUCCGAUAUCUUCUCUGAAACUGGGAGAGAAGAGGGAGGUCCAGUUAACUUUCAAUGAUGUCACAGAAAUGACUUUGGAGUUGUCUCUUGAAGUAUGCUCUUCAACCGAUCUCCGGUUCAGCAUGGCUCUGUGUGAUGAGGAGAAGAAAUUUCGGCAACAGCGAAAAGAUAAUAUCAUGCACAGUAUGAAAUCAUUUCUGGGAGAGGAAAACAGCAAGAACUUGACCACUUCCCGUGAUGUGCCAGUGAUAGCGAUACUGGGUUCAGGAGGUGGAUUUCGUGCCAUGGUGGGGUUUGCUGGCGUCAUGAAAGCACUUUACGAAUCAGGAAUUUUAGACUGUGCAACUUACAUUGCUGGUCUCUCAGGAUCCACGUGGUACAUGUCAACUUUGUAUUCGCACCCAGAUUUUCCAGAAAAAGGACCAAAGGAGAUCAAUGAAGAAUUGAUGAACUCUGUGAGUCACAACCCACUCUUGCUGCUCACUCCUCAGAAAGUCAAACGCUACAUCGAAGCGCUGUGGAAUAAGAAAAGCUCAGGACAGCCUGUCACCUUCACAGAUAUCUUUGGAAUGCUAAUAGGUGAAACACUUAUCCAUAAUAGAAUGGACAGCACUUUGAGCAACAUGAAAGAGAAAAUCAAUAAUGCGCAGUGUGCUCUCCCACUCUUUACGUGUCUUCAUGUCAAACCAGACGUCUCAGAGCUUAUGUUUGCAGACUGGGUGGAAUUCAGUCCGUAUGAGAUUGGCAUGGCCAAGUAUGGCACUUUUAUGUCUCCUGAUUUGUUUGGAAGCAAAUUUUUUAUGGGGACAGUGGUGAAGAAGUAUAAUGAAAAUCCCUUGCAUUUCUUGAUGGGUGUCUGGGGCAGCGCAUUUUCUAUAUUAUUUAACAGAGUGCUUGGCGUCUCCAAUUCUCAAAAUAAAGGUCCCACCAUGGAAGAAGAAUUAGAAAAUAUUAGGCUAAAGCACCUUGUAAGCAAUGACAGUUCAGACAGUGAAGAUGAAUCACAGCAACCAAAAGGCACUGAAAAUGCUGAGGCACAUCAAGAAUAUCAGAACAGCAGCCAAGAAAGCUGGGUGCAGAGAAUGCUGAUGGCCUUGGUUGGUGAUAGUGCCCUUUUCAACACAAGGGAAGGGCGCGCUGGGAAGGUCCACAACUUCAUGCUGGGAUUGAACCUCAACAGCUGUUACCCGCUCUCUCCUCUGGCAGACCUUCUCACUCAGGAGUCUGUGGAGGAAGAUGAACUAGAUGCAGCUGUUGCAGAUCCUGAUGAGUUUGAGAGGAUAUAUGAGCCACUAGACGUGAAGAGCAAAAAGAUUCACAUAGUGGACAGUGGGCUUACGUUUAACCUGCCAUACCCGCUUAUCUUAAGACCUCAAAGAGGUGUUGAUCUCAUCAUCUCUUUUGAUUUUUCAGCGAGGCCAAGUGAUUCCAGUCCUCCUUUCAAAGAGAUUUUACUUGCUGAAAAAUGGGCCAAAAUGAACAAGCUGCCUUUCCCAAAAAUAGACCCGAACGUGUUUGAUCGAGAGGGCAUGAAGGAGUGCUAUGUUUUCAAACCAAAGGAUACCUCUUCGGAGAAAGACUGUCCAACUAUAAUCCAUUUUGUUUUGGCGAACAUCAACUUCCGCAAGUACAAAGCUCCAGGCGUUCCAAGAGAAACACAGGAAGAGAAGGAUUUUGCAGACUUUGACAUUUUUGAUGAUCCAAAUACCCCAUUCUCUACCUUCAACUUCCAGUAUCCCAAUGAGGCUUUCAAAAGGCUUCACGAUCUCAUGGAGUUCAAUACCCUCAAUAACAUAGAAGUGAUCAAGCAAGCUAUGAUGGAGAGCAUCGAGUACAGAAAAGAGAAUCCAUCUCGCUGCUCUGUGUCCCUCAGCAGUGUUGAAGCGAGGAGAUUCUUUAAUAAGAACAAUCUGAACAACAACCAUACGUGAAGGCGGUCUUGUAGGUCCCACUCCUUCAAGAAACUGGUUCUCUUUUUAUAACUGGAGUCAAAAAGACAUUAUCAGAGCAUCACUGCUCCUGAACAGGACUGUGCAAAACUCCUGAAAACAUUUUCUUGUGAAUUUUCAAGUUUCAAUACAAUUUUGUACUACUAUUUUUUUUAAACCAAAAACGUUGGAAACAUUUCGGUAUGCUGAUAUCCUUAUUUUAAAAACUAUGGAAUUAGUUUAUUUUAACUAUGGUCAGCGGGUUCAGUGUGUGGAUUUUUUUUCCCCCUUAUAAAAUUGUAAACACUGGUUUCUUGUACGGGGGCGAUUGUCUGAGUUUUUAACUGACAGAAACUGGGCAUAUCUCGAAACGUAAGAUGGAAUUAGAAGCACGAUAGAACGGAACUUUAGUAACGGAGACAAUGUAAUACCUGGGCUUGGGCCCCAAUUACACUCUGCUUUGUGUCUGUGCGAAGAUUUCCUCAGACUUUGGUUUGAAAAGUCCAUAACUGCUGACUCCUGCUGGGCACCAGCAGCUCCCAGUUUAUUAACUCACUUGGCUGCUUACUAGCUCUGCUGAGGUUGGUCUCUCACACCGGCAGGGGUUUUGCUCACUAAUGACUGCUGAUACAUUGGCCUUAGCAAAGCUCCCUCAUCGGGCUGUGUUUCACAUUUUGCUUUUCUGGCACAAGCGGAGUCUCUCAAACAGCAAACAGAUAUGAAAGAAAGGGGGUUUAUAUGUCUUUGAUGUUCUGAGUAGGAUCCUCAGCUGGUUAUUAAUGCUAGAAGAGCUUUUAUAACUGAUGUCAAGAAGGAUUUGCUCUUGAAUCUCUUAAUCUCAAGUAUUUUCACAAAAAUUGAAGUCUGCUUUACCACUGUUUAAGAAUGUGCUUACCCACUUGGCAAAAAAAUCUUAACCUUUUACAUUUUCUUUUUCUCUUUUCGUCCCCAAAAUGACAUUGCUUGAAUUCUUGAGCUAGUAGCACCUGUGUGUUAAAUUAUUAUUAGUUCAUGUAUUUCUGACCAAAACAUCUAUAGAGAAAUUAAAAGGGAUUUUGCGUUUGAUCAUGAUUAAAGGCAUCGUGUUUCGGCAAAGGGACAGACGCAAUGUUUACUGGGGAUGCGUGAAACGUUCCUGGUUAAGAACAUAAAGUAGUUAAUGGGCUGUUCUUAAAAAUAUAUUUUUAGUACAUUGAAUAAUGAAAGACUGUGCAUAGACGUAGAUCAUUUUGGUACCAUCUCAACACGUGUUGAGAUAACUGCAAAUGCACAGAAAAAUGCAGUCGCACCUCCCAGAACUGCCGACCUCCUUGGACAUAACGCAAUGGGCGAGUGUGUGAUGUGGGAAAGAGCCAAAGGAGAUGAGGGGGUCACUGGUGGCCUCCCACUGCGUGCCUCAUCUAGAAGUGAAAUGGUUUUGGGGCGCUUGGCUGGUGGCUUUCAUUGUUUUAAAGUUCAUGGGAUUAGCUCUCAGCAAAUGGACGUGGCAGCCCUGGCAGUCGGUCCUCAGCGUCUCUCCUCUGGAGUUUGACGAACAUGGCAGGGGCUCGGUAGUUUAGUUGAGGGGGAGCUGCUGUCUCCGAGAGGUGACACAAAAGGACAUAAACUGGUGUUUGCAGAGGUGGGAGCAGGAAAAGCUCAUCCCAGCUGCCUCCCAGGUUGCCCAGGGAAGCAGCUGAGGCACCACCCCUGGAGGUAUUUAAAAGGUGGGCAGGCGUGGUGCUGAGGGACAUGGGGUAGCGAUGGUUUUGUCAGUGACAGAUUGGACUGGAUGAUCUGAAAGGUCCCUUCCAACCUAAACCGUUCUGUGGGAUGCCACCACCAGAGACCAGGGUCCCAGGGAAUGCCACCAGCUCCUGCAUACACUGUUCCCAGCACAACUAGCUCUUGUCUGAGAGUUUUCUGACAAUUUUUCCAACAACCGCUCGUCAGUCAGGGUUUGUGGCUAAUUCAGUGGCUGUUCCUUUUGUUGUGAAUUAUUGAGCCGCUUUUCAUUGCUGAAAUCUGUAAGGCCGUAGGAAGGGGAGUAAUUAUAAUGCAUUUCUUUUAGCAGUCACUGCAUCACCCCUCCUUUAAAUCCACAUGCAAUGUUAUGCGAUUAAUAAUAUUUUCUGUAUUGAUUAAUAGGUUUUAUUUCUGUUUGAGUUAGCGCACGUUUAAAAUCAAGCGAGAAAAUAAAAGUAACUUAUCUUAGUGCUGCAUAAUUUAAACAUAAUCAAUAAACUUUGGGAUACAGGAAGAAACUGGUACAGUUAUUGUAAUAUUUUUCUUUUAAAUGUUUUUUUCCUUUUGUUAAUAUUUUUAAUUUUUAUUUUAUAAUAUGUACCUACUCUUAUGAAGUGUUUUAUCAUGCUUUAUAUGGUUUAUAUUAUCACAGUGUU